GCCCACCAUCCUUCAUGGUCCCCUCUCCCCCGCAGUGACGUGACAUUCAUGGUGGGCCAGGAGCAGCAGAAGGUGUUUGCCCACCGCUGCGUGCUGGCGUGCCGCUGCCAGGCUUUCCAGGGGAUGCUAAGCCAGGGGCCAGUGGGCAAUGAGGACUCCCCCAGGAGCGUUCCACCCCAGGGCCCCUUCAUCCUGGGCAACGUGCAGCCAGAGGUCUUCCUAGCCGUCAUUGAGUUCCUCUACACCAACAGCGUCAGCCUCAACAGCCACAUUGCGUUGGAGGUGCUGACCUCGUCAGUGGAGUAUGGCCUGCAGGACCUGUGCAAGCUCUGCAUCAAGUUCAUCAAGGAAACACUGAGCGUGGAGCAGGUCUGCGAGGCCCUGCAGGCUGCGGUGACCUAUGGUCAGGCAGACCUCCAGCAGCACUGCCUGGCCUUCAUUGAGGGCUGCACUGCGGCAGUGGUGCAGACACAGGGCUUCCAUGAGCUCUCCGACGUGGUGCUGGCACAGGUGCUGCGCAGCGACCGCCUAGCCAUGGACGAGCUGGACCUGGUGCAGGCUGUGCGGGAGUGGGCACAUGUCAGCUCAGCUGUCCUGGAGCGCCCAGUGUCUGAGGUGGCCGCCCUGCCCGUGCAGGAGCUACGCCUGCCCUUGCUGGCACCCAGUGAGCUGCUGAUGCUGGAGAGCCAUAACCAGCAGGAUCUGCUCAUCCCGGUGGAGAGCAUCGCGGCAGCCUGGCGGUCCCACACACUGAGGAAGGGCAAUAAGGUGCCCUCCCACCUCUGCCGGCUCCGGCAUGGCACACGGCCUCGUGACCACCACCGUCACCUGGACCCGCAUGCCAAGUAG